CAGUCGUCGUAUAUCGAUGUAUGUGCGAUAUGUAGCUCACUGCACUGCACUGUUGAAGUAGAAAUAAGUUUUAUGACGUGCAUAACGUUUUCAGAUUUCCUUUCUGCUGUAAGCCUAGAAAUAGUAAAAGAUGGACUUAAACCGCCACAACUUCUGGUGAGAACCACAAAUUAAUUUACAUUUCACAACUUUCUGACUUCACCAUGGCAGCUGGUAGCAUCGUCCUCAUGGAUUCUGGUUUGGCUGACUUGGACAAAAUCCUUCAAAGCUUAGAAAUUGAGAACAGACAACAGCAGAAUGAGAUACAGAAAGAACAGCAGGAGGCAGCAGCCUUUGAAGCAGCCGUCUCAGAGAAAGAAAAGAGUACAAAGGCACUACAGGAGGACACAGCCAGACUGGAUGAGGAGACUAAAGCAGCCCAUCAACAGUUUUGUCGUAACAAGGAGACUUAUGAAAGCUUGAAAAAUCAUUACCUUGCCUUGGAGUUGAACCAAGAGACUGCAGAGAAAGAAUUACAUGAAUUGCAGGAUAAGUGGCAGGUUGAACAAUUGGAGCAUGAGAGACUUCUGCGGCAUUAUGAGUCUGUCUGGGAGCAGUACAAGGCCAAGUACGAGGAGAAAGAGUUGGCCGUUGAACUUAGACAGUGGCAGCACCAGGUGGGAGGAAUGAGGCAACGACUGAACAAAUCACAGCACAACGUGUCCUUGCUGGAAACAGCUCUCCAGGAGAAACAGGAGAAGAAACAGAAUGACCCAAAACCAUUUGAAAGCCUGGCAGAUUGGAUCAUCCAAAUAGCCAAGGCAGCGUUAAGAACAAGAGACCUCAGGAGACAAAAGGAAGAAAUCCAGCAAUCAGUCACCGCUGCAGAGGCAAAGAUACAAGAGAGAACGGAAAAGCGAUUACAACAACAAAAGGAAGAGGAAGAACAGGAACGUAAAAGGAAAGUUGAAGAGGAAAAAGAAAAGAUACGUCAGAAAGAGCUAGAGAGGCAAAAGCAGCAGCAGUUGAACCAGCAACAACAACUCCAGCAAUUGAAGGCACAGCAGCGGCAACAGCAACAAGCCAGACAGCAGCUGCAGGCGUCGGUGCCAACCACGCCCCAUCAGAUCAUCCCCCCUCAGUCACCGCUCUUCCAGCAGCCCACCAGGAGAGCUCUGCCCCAGUACCUCCAGAGCCCUCUGCUAGGGACUGCUGUCGCGCGGUCCAGUGCAGUACCAGCCAGUCCCCAGCAACUGCGGCAACCACCUUACCUGCAGAUGCCAAUCUUAGCAUCCCCUCGUCCAAUUGCUGCAAGUGCCAACGGCAGAUUUGAGAAUCCGUCGCAGCAGUUUACUCUCCAGACUAGAGCAGAAAGUGGAAACAACAAUCCACAGAAGCAACCAGAGUCGGUCAUACCACAGGCGAGUGAUGAUCUUGCAUUGAAGAAGACAAAGUCGCCGCCCAAAAACUCCACCUGGAACAAAAUAGAAGAAUCCAAACUUUCAACCAAUCAGAGAGCUACUACAAGUCAGGAUGAGCCAAUCAGAGAGAGCCAACCUUUUGAAGUCAACCAAAAGGAGAGCAGAGAAACUGAUGAUGCAGACACACCUCCAAAUGAAGCCCCACCAACACCAGCUGAUGAUCCUACCAGCUUCGAAGACCCAGACACCCCAGGGUCUGUGAUGUCUUUACCCCCACGCAGUCCCUUUGAUUUGGACACCCAUCUGCAGAGUCUUCAGGAGUUUGCCAAGUCACCGGGCUUCUCCUAUUCCUUCAGGCCCAUGUUUGGAACCGAGAGUAACGAGAGUGAGGUGACAGAGAAACCUUCAAGUAAUGUCCCAACUUCCUCCUCAGACAACUUUGAGUCUCCUUUCUUCCAUUCCUUUUUCCCUGGGGUGGGCGGAGCCAACCAGCAAGCCUCGGACACGCCCACACAGAUUUUUGGUUCCUGCAGUAAUCAGGCAUCUCCUCAUCUUACUGGUACAUCCGUCUUCAGCCGACCUGAUAGCCCAAUGGACACUAGCCACUCCAGGCCUCCAGGGGGUAUCCUGUCACUGUUUGGAAGCGGUCAGGACAAAGUUGAGGAGAGAAAUGAUGUGGAUGGCUCUCCAGCGUCUUCAUGUAGCUUCAGUUUCAAUUUCAACGGUGGCUCCGACUCCCCUCAUGUUGACAGCUCUAGCGAGGGAAAAUUCAGCCUUUUCUGAAUGAACAAACAUUGCAUGAGUUUAA